GAGCUCCCUUCUUUCAAAUCCAAAAAUUCCUUCUCUUUUCAUGGAUUCCUCUAAAGCUUUUCUGUACUUAGUCUUCUUACUCUUUUCACUUCAUUUCUUUAUGGCUCUUGCCACUGAAUUUGCUGUUGGUGGUGACAAAGGAUGGGCUGUUCCUAAAGUAAAAGAUGAUCAAGUGUAUGACCAGUGGGCUGGAAAAAAUAGGUUUAAGAUUGGCGACACCUUGAGUUUUGAGUAUAAGAAAGAUUCAGUUCUGGUGGUGACUAAAGAAGAGUACGAGAAAUGCAAGUCGAGUCAUCCAAUUUUCUUCUCUAACAAUGGAAAAACCAUUUAUAAAUUGGAGCAAUCUGGGUUAUACUACUUCAUUAGUGGAGUAUCAGGACAUUGCGAGAGGGGUUUGAAAAUGAUAAUCAAAGUUUUAGAACCAGAAUCUCCUCCUCAAUCUGCUAACCAGACUUCCUCAACUAGUAAUGGUGCUACUGCUGCUGCUCCAACUGCAAUGACGUUUAUGGUGUUAUUCUUUGGAGCUUUUCUUUAUUAGUUUAUGAAUCUUGAAUAUUCUAUGUUUUUUAAGUUAGUUAUUUUCUACUAGUGGAUUAUGAACUCAUGGAAUUUGU